AUGUCUUCAACGUCUUUACUCGUCCCGCGUCCAAGCAGGACACUGCGGCGGCUCAGCUCCCAGGAUGCCACACAAACCUCUCUCGACCACCGGUCGCCCACCGUGGUGGUGCCUCCACAGCAUCUUAUGGCAUCGAGCAACGCCCAUGAGACUGCGGCGGCCAUGGAGCUUGCAAGGCAUGAGCUGGAGAACUAUUCUUCGCCUACUUCGACUCCUGGAUCGCCCAAGGAGACCACCACAACCGACAAAUACGCUUACGCUUUCGAUAUCGAUGGGGUCUUGAUUCGGGGCGGGAGGCCUAUUCCUGAGGCUGUCGAGGCGAUGAAGGUGCUGAAUGGCCAGAAUCCUUACGGUAUCAAGAUUCCCUACAUCUUCGUAACCAACGGCGGCGGCAAGACCGAGCAAGAGCGGUGUAUUCAACUGAGCAAGCAACUUGAGAUGGAGGUGUCUCCCGGCCAGUUCAUCUGCGGUCACACACCAAUGCGAGAGAUGGCGGAGAAGUACAACACUGUCUUGGUUGUAGGAGGAGAGGGCGAGAAGUGCCGGCAGGUCGCAGAAGGCUACGGGUUCAAGGAUGUGGUUACGCCUGGAGACAUCAUCAAGGACAACCCAGACACCACGCCUUUCCGGAAGCUCACGAAGGAGGAGCACGAGAACUCCCGGAUUCGCAACUACGCUGAAGUGAAGAUCGAAGCCAUCUUCGUCUUCGCGGAUAGCCGGGACUGGGCCGGCGACCAGCAGAUCAUUCUGGACCUGCUCAUGUCGAAGGGAGGAUAUCUUGGCAGCCGCUCGGAGACCUUUGACGAGGGCCCACCCGUCUUCUUCUCGCACAACGACGUGAUCUGGUCCGCUUCCCAUGACUUAACACGUCUGGGUAUGGGUGCCCUCCGCCUCUCCCUCGAAGCUAUGUACAAGGCUGUCACCGGCAAGGAGCUGCAAACCACCGCGUUCGGCAAACCUCAAGUCGGCACCUUCCAGUUCGCCACACGGCUCCUGCAGCAAUGGCGCAAGGACACCCACGGCAUCGACGCACCCCCGGAGACGGUCUACUUCGUUGGCGACACGCCCGAGUCGGACAUCCGAGGCACCAACGAGUUCAACAAGGAGUCAGAGAACACCUGGUACUCCAUCCUCGUCCGCACUGGCGUGUUCCAAGAAGGCACCAAGCCCAAGUUCACCCCCAAGGCGACCGUCGACAAUGUGCUUGACGCGGUGAACCAUGGCAUCGAACGCGAGCGGAAGAAGGCCUUCAAGAACGAUUUGGACCUCACGACUCACAAGCUUAGCGGCUCCGCUGUCGACGACGCCCUCAUGAGCCCUCCUCCGAUCAUCAGGGAGAAUCCGAUGGAGCUCGCUGAGUGA